CGACAUUCAACGAGGCAAUUAGACAAUUUUCGAAGAUCGAGAACGCCUGAGAGAAAUUUCCACUAUUCUGUUAGAAGAGACAAUUCAAGAUGUUGCCCAUGUUCAUAUGAACAAGAGUUCAGGUCGAGGCGAUCACAGCCAACAUGUGACUCAUCAGAGCGGUCACAUUAUAAUUCGAAUAGGCAAAACAAUUCAUGGAGAUUGUCACACUUACCUAAUUACAACUCGUCUGCAGAUCCUGAAAAACGUUGGAAACAAUUGAGGCGCUCGUUCAACGGACAUUAUAAAAACUCAAAUUAUGGUUGGUACUUAUACAAGGAUCUUUUAUUUCUCGAGAACCAUAUUAAAGUUCAAAAGACUUCUAGUGCUGGAAUACUUGAAAAUGUUUCUCAUCUUCCUUCUCCAGUUUUGGACAUGUGUGAAGCAUCCCAUGCUUCUUAUGACAAUUCGUUAGGCAGUACUGGAGAUAAAGAGAAAUCUCAUGAUAGCGAGACUUUUCCUGCGUUUAAUGCACAAGAUUACUAUGAAAAUUUUGUUGACAUCAAGAACGAAUUUUUAGAAUACGAUGUACUUCAUUUUGAAAAUGAAGUUAUUGAAAUUCAAGAUGAUGAUUAUCAUCAUCAUCCUCAUCGGGUAUCACAUGAUCCAAGUUCAACCAGUGACUCACCAAAUAUUGUGCCGUCUACAUCGCAAGGAUUUAAUCCAAAAAUGGCAUCAAUUCGUUUACUUUCCACAAGUUCUCCAAAUUCCAAUAUUUCAACACCACUAGCGUCAGGUGAUCCAAAUUCAGCUAAUGGCUCAUUAAACAUUGUGCCGCCUACAUCGCAAGGAGUUAAUCCAAAAAUGGCAUCAAUUCAUUCACUGUCCACAAGUUUUCCGAAUUCCAAUAUUUCAGCACCCCUAGCGUUUACGUCGCCAAAAGCUGUAGAUGAUACUGCUGAAGAUUUUUAUUCAGCCUAUUUGAAAAAAAAAUCAAAGACACAAACAAACUCGGGGUUACAUACUUCAACACCUGAAAAAAAUUGCAGAAAUAGAAAUGUAUUUAAUGCUUAUCCAGUUCAAAAGCAGUACAGAUCAGUGCAAGAUAUUCCGAUAUCCAAGCUUUCAGGAAAAGUGAAGGCAUCUCCACCCCUUGAUCGUUUCGCGAGAAGGAAUUUGCAAGACAAAAAAGAAAUUCAUUGGUUCUUAAUGACGCCUUAA